CUGCGCGCGCGGAUGGUCGGCCCGCGGCUGUUCUGCGCCGUUCCGGCGUCGGGGCCCGGCAUGGCGGGGGCCGGGGCCAUGCCGGGCCGGACCCGGACCUAAAUGCCUCUGCUUCUUUCCGCGCUGUUGGUCUUGCUGCUGGCUGCGCUUAGCGCCCUCUUCUUAGGCCGAUGGCUUGUGGUCAGGUUGGCCACCAGGUGGUGUCAGCGGAAGCUACAAGCAGAGUUAAAAAUCGGCUCCUUCCGCUUUUUUUGGAUCCAGAAUGUCAGUCUUAAGUUUCAGCAGCACCAGCAAACAGUGGAAAUUGAUAACUUGUGGAUUUCGAGCAAACUCAUUAGUCAUGAUCUGCCACACUAUGUGGCCUUGUGCUUUGGAGAAGUACGAGUUAGAACAGACUUCCAGAAGAUUUCUGGUCUAUCUGCCCCAUUCUCCCAGAAUACUGGGGUGGAUCCAAAGGAACUGUCAUUCAGCCCAUCCUUGUUGAAGAUCUUCUGCCAACUAUUCUCCAUUCAUGUAGAUUCUAUAAACAUCAUGGUUCUCAAGGUGGCUACCUCUGAGUCCCUAUGGCACAUUCAGAUCAGUAGAAGCAGAUUUCUUUUGGAUAGUGAUGGGAAAAGGCUAAUCUGCAAGGUGAGCUUAUCCAAGAUCAACAGCAAAGUUCUGAAGAGUGGUCAGCUGGAGGACACCUGCCUAGUGGAACUCUCAUUGACCCUGGACCUAUGUCUAAAGGUUGGCAUUAGCAGUUGGCAUCUGAAGGCUAUAACUGUGGAUGUGUGGACACUCCAUGCUGAGCUUCAUGAGGGUCUCUUCCAUCGUCAACUGUUGUGUCAUGGCACAAGCCAGGUAUCCAAGCCUGCUUUCUGCUCAGAGGUGACAGAGAACUUGGUUGAGCCAACCCUGCCUGGCUUAUACCUCCUCCAGCAGCUGCCAGACCAGGUCAAGAUAAAGAUGGAGAACACAAGUGUGGUGUUAUCUAUGAACAGUCAAAAGAGGCACCUGACUUGGACACUGAAGCUACUUCAUUUCCUGUACCAUCGUGAUGAGGAUCAGCUCCCUCUUCGAAGCUUCACAGCAAACUCUGAUAUGGCACAGAUGAGCACUGAACUCCUACUGGAAGAUGGGUUAUUGCUAUCCCAGAGUCGCCAACGCAUUGUCUGUCUCAACUCCCUCAAGGCUAGUGUGCAGGUGACAACCAUUGACCUCUCGGCCUCCUUAGUUUUGAAUACUUGUAUCAUUCAUUAUCGGCAACAGGAAUUCUUUCAUUGGCUGCAUAUGCUAGAACUGGAGACCCAAGGGUCUAGAUCACCUGUUCUUAAGCAAAGAAAAAAAAGAAUCUUCCCUCAAAUCCUGGCUCCCAUCAUCUUCAGCACCUCCAUCUCUAAUGUCAACAUUUCUAUUCAGCUUGGAGAUACACCACCUUUUGCCUUGGGAUUCAAUUCUAUCUCUCUGGAUUACCAGCACCUCAGGCCACAGAGUAUUCAUCAGCGGGGUGUCCUAACCGUGGAUCACCUCUGCUGGCGUGUAGGCAGUGACUCCCACAUUCAGCGGGCACCACAUCCACCUAAUAUGCAUGUUUGGGGUGAGGCGCUUGUCUUGGACUCCUUCACACUACAGGGUAGCUAUAACCAGCCUUUGGGCCUGUCCAGGACUCAGUCAGAUACCCUCUUUCUCGAUUGUACUAUCCGAGGACUUCAGGUAGAAGCAUCAGACACCUGUGCUCAAUGUCUGUCUCGAAUCUUAUCCCUGAUGAGUCCACAAUAUGGAAAGUCAGCUAUCUCUAGGGACUCUUCAUUUGGGGAAUCUAUGACAUUACUGUGGAAGGUGGACUUGAAGGUGGAGGACAUGAACUUGUUCACUCUUUCUGCCCUGGUUGGUGCUUUGGAGGUACGACUGGACACACUGACAGUCCUGGGCAGUGCUGAGACCUCUACCAUGGGGAUUCAAGGGCUUGUGCUUGCACUAGUGAAGUCAGUCACGGAGAAGAUGCAGCCCUGUUGCAAGGCUCCUGACAUCCCCACUCCAGUGCUUGGCCUCUCCAUGCUCUCCCUCACCUAUCACAACAGCAUUCGCUCUCUAGAGGUGCAGUGUGGUGCAGGGCUGACCUUACUCUGGAGCCCCCCAGAUCACAUGUACCUGUACCAGCAUGUCCUGGAUACCCUGCAGUGCCGAGACCUACUAAGAGCCACUGUGUUUCCCGAGAUCAUCUCAUCUCUUGCACUAGAGACUCCAGAAACCACUUCUGAGCCAGAAGACCAUCUCCCUGAGCCAUCCCCACCAAGGCGGCUGCUAAACCUGACACUGGAGGUGAGCACAGCCAAACUGACAGCUUUUGUGGCUGAGGACAAGUUCAUUACCCUGGCUGCAGAGAGUGUGUCACUGAACCGUCAUGGAGGUUCACUGCAGGCUUACUGUCCAGAGCUGGCUGCUGGCUUUGAUGGCAAUAGCAUCUUCAAUUUUAAGGAGGUGGAGGUGCAGCUGCUACCUGAGCUGGAGGAGAUGAUCCUGCACCGGAACCCCUUCCCUGGGCUGCAGACCCUCCGGAAUCGUGUUUGGCUCCUCUCCCUUGGCUCAGUCUCAGUGGAAUUCCCUUAUCAGUAUGACUUCUCUAGAACUCUGGAUGAGGCUGUGGGAGUUCAGAAAUGGCUAAAAGGACUGCAUCGAGGGACUCGUGCUUGGGCCUCUCCAAGCUCUGCCCCACUCCCACCUGAUCUACUCUUGAAGGUUCAGCACUUCUCGUGGGUUUUUCUGGAUGACAUUUUUGAGGUGAAACUUCAUGAUAACUGUGAAUUGAUGAAAGAUGAAAGUAAGGAGAGUGCCAAAAGGCUGCAGUUGCUGGAUGCCAAAGUGGCUGCCCUUCGGAAGCAGCAUGGGGAAUUAUUGCCAGCUCGAAAAAUUGAGGAGCUCUAUGCCUCUUUAGAACGCAAAAACAUUGAAAUCUAUAUCCAGCGCUCCCGUCGUCUCUAUGGCAACACACCCAUGCGCAGGGCACUGCUCACUUGGAGCCUGGCAGGGCUAGAGCUGGUGGCUCUGGCAGAUGCUUCCUUUCAUGGGCCUGAGCGUGUGGUAGAACAGGUUCAAGAGCUGGAUUCAAGCAGCCCUUUUCCUGCUGAAGGAAUAGAUCUUAUCAUUCAGUGGUGUCGCAUGCUUAGAUGUAGUGUCAAGACCUUUCUGGUUCGGAUCAGAGAUUAUCCACGGUACCUGUUUGAGAUCCGUGACUGGCGGCUUAUGGGUCGACUUGUGGGCACUGAGCAAAGUGGUCAGCCUUGCUCCCGUCGACGUCAAAUCCUGCACUUGGGGCUUCCAUGGGGUAAUGUGACAGUAGAGAGGAACAUGCCACCACUCAAGUUCUACCAUGACUUCCACUCGGAAAUCUUCCAGUACACAGUGGUAUGGGGCCCAUGUUGGGAUCCAGCCUGGACACUGAUUGGCCAAUGUGUGGACCUCUUGACUAAGCCCUCAGCUGACCCCAGUCCACCCUUGCCCUGGUGGGACAAAAGCCGUCUUCUGUUCCAUGGGGACUGGCACAUGGACAUUGAACAGGCGAACCUGCAUCAGCUAGCCACUGAGGAUCCAUACAAUACAACUGAAAAUAUGCACUGGGAAUGGAACCACCUUUCUUUUCAUUGGACACCUGGUCAGUUUGUGUUCAAAGGUGACUUGGAUAUCAACGUAAGAACAGCCUCUAAGUAUGACGACUGCUGCUUCCUUCACCUGCCUGACCUCUGCAUGACGCUGGACCUGCAGUGGCUGUGCCAUGGGAACCCCCAUGAUCACCAUGGUGUCACUCUGAGGGCCCCAGAGUUCCUGCCUGAGGUGCCCUUGGGCCAGCUCCAUGACUCCUACCGGGCCUUCCGCUCUGAGAACCUCAAUCUCUCCAUCAAGAUGGAUCUGACUCGGCACAGUGGGACAAUAUCUCAGCCCCGAAUUCUGCUAUAUAGUAGUACCCUACGCUGGAUGCAAAACUUCUGGGCAACCUGGAGUAGUGUCACAAGACCUAUUUGUAGGGGAAAGCUCUUCAAUAACCUGAAACCCAGCAAGAAGAAGCUUGGCCAACACUAUAAGCAACUUUCCUAUACUGCACUCUUUCCCCAGCUGCAGGUACAUUAUUGGGCUUCCUUUGCUCAGCAACGGGGCAUCCAGAUUGAGUGCCGUCAGGGCCAUGUCUUCACUCGGGGAAAUCAGCGGCUUAUACCUCAAGCGGGCACAGUGAUGCGGCGCCUCAUCUCUGAUUGGAGUGUGACCCAGAUGGUGAGUGACCUAAGUCAGGUGACUGUUCACCUGAUGGCCUCACCCACUGAAGAGAAUGCUGAUCACUGCCUUGAUCCCUUGGUAACAAAGACCCACCUGCUGAGCCUGUCUUCUCUCACCUACCAACGGUAUAGCAGUCGUACAGUUGAGGAGGAGCUGUCUACUCGAGAUGGGGAACCUGCCUCUCACACACAUCAGCUAUACUUGGUGGAUUUACGGAUUUCCUGGACAACCACCAACCGGGAUAUUGCUUUUGGUUUAUAUGAUGGCUACAAAAAGGCAGCUGUACUCAAACGAAAUCUCUCUACUGAGGCUUUGAAGGGUUUAAAGAUUGAUCCCCAGAUGUCAGCCAAAAAGCCAAAGCGGGGCAUCUCAAGUAGUGCCCCAGUCCAACCUCAUAUCAACACCCCUAGCUUCAGUGGACAGCCUGAUCAGGGGUCGUCAGGAGGUGCUUACAUGUUGCAAAAGCUGAUUGAAGAGACAGAUAGGUUUGUAGUAUUCACAGAAGAGGAGUCAGGUAUGAGUGACCAGUUAUGUGGCAUUGCUGCCUGCCAGACAGAUGACAUAUACAACAGAAACUGCCUUAUUGAGCUGGUCAACUGCCAGAUGGUUCUUCAUGGAGCAGAAACAGAAGGCUGUGUCAUUGUGUCAGCUGCCAAAGCCCAACUGCUGCAGUGCCAACACCAUCCAGCUUGGUAUGGUGAUACAUUGAAGCAAAAGACAUCCUGGACUUGCCUAUUAGAUGGCAUGCAGUACUUUGCCACCACUGAAAGCAGCCCUACUGAGCAGGAUGGCCGACAGCUCUGGUUAGAGGUGAAGAAUAUUGAGGAGCACCGACAGCGUAGUCUGGAUUCUGUGCAGGAGUUGAUGGAGAGUGGGCAAGCAGUGGGAGGCAUGGUUACCACAACCACAGAUUGGAACCAGCCAUCUGAAGCUCAGCAAGCCCAGCAGGUCCAGCGGAUCAUUUCGCGUUGUAAUUGCCGAAUGUACUAUGUUAGUUACAGCCAUGACAUUGAUCCUGAACUAGUAACUCAGAUUAAGCCACCUGAGGUUCAUGAGAACCAGGAAAAGGAAGAUCUUCUAAAGAAGCAGGAAGGCGCUGUGGAUACCUUCACUCUCAUCCAUCAUGAAUUGGAAAUUUCUACCAAUCCGGCUCAGUAUGCCAUGAUCCUGGACAUUGUCAACAAUCUACUGCUCCAUGUAGAACCCAAGCGGAAGGAGCAUAGUGAAAAGAAGCAGCGGGUCAGGUUCCAGCUUGAGAUCUCUAGCAAUCCUGAGGAGCAGCGCAGUAGCAUAUUGCAUCUACAGGAGGCUGUGCGACAGCAUGUGGCCCAGAUACGACACCUAGAGAAGCAGAUGUAUUCUAUCAUGAAGUCUUUGCAAGAUGACAGCAAAAAUGAGAACCUGCUUGAUCUGAACCAAAAGCUUCAGUUGCAGCUAAACCAGGAGAAGGCCAACCUGCAGCUGGAAAGUGAAGAACUCAAUAUCCUCAUCAGGUGUUUUAAGGAUUUCCAACUACAGCGAGCUAACAAGAUGGAGUUGCGGAAGCAGCAAGAAGAUGUGAGUGUGGUCCGUCGCACUGAGUUUUACUUUGCGCAGGCACGGUGGCGCCUAACAGAGGAAGAUGGACAACUGGGAAUUGCUGAACUGGAGCUGCAGAGGUUCCUCUACAGUAAGGUGAAUAAGUCUGAUGAUACAGCAGAACAUCUUCUGGAGUUGGGCUGGUUCACCAUGAACAACCUCCUCCCCAAUGCUGUCUAUAAGGUUGUCCUGCGGCCUCAGAGCUCUUGUCAGUCUGGGCGACAGUUAGCUCUCCGCCUCUUCAGCAAAGUCCGGCCCCCUGUUGGAGGUAUCUCUGUUAAGGAACACUUUGAGGUAAAUGUGGUGCCUCUCACUAUCCAGCUGACACACCAGUUCUUCCAUAGAAUGAUGGGCUUUUUCUUUCCUGGCCGAAGUGUAGAAGAUGAUGAAGUUGGUGAUGAAGAGGAUAAGUCCAAACUAGUGACUACUGGAAUACCAGUGGUGAAGCCUCGGCAGUUGAUAGCAACAGAUGAUGCAGUACCACUGGGCCCUGGGAAGGGUGUGACACAGGGCUUGACUCGGAGUUCUGGGGUCAGAAGGUCAUUUCGCAAAUCACCUGAGCACCCUGUGGAUGAUAUUGACAAGAUGAAAGAGCGAGCUGCCAUGAACAACUCCUUCAUCUACAUAAAGAUUCCACAGGUUCCACUGUGUGUCAGCUAUAAGGGUGAGAAGAACAGUGUAGAUUGGGGUGACCUUAACCUGGUGCUGCCCUGUCUGGAGUACCACAACAACACAUGGACAUGGCUAGACUUUGCCAUGGCUGUCAAAAGGGACAGCAGAAAAGCUCUAGUUGCCCAGGUAAUUAAAGAAAAGCUAAGACUGAAGCCUGCAGCAGGAUCUGAGGUGCGUGGAAAGCUAGAAACUAAGUCGGACCUGAACAUGCAACAGCAGGAAGAGGAAGAGAAAGCUCGUCUCCUCAUCGGUUUAAGUGUGGGUGACAAGAACCCUGGCAAGAAGUCUAUCUUUGGCAGGCGCAAGUGAUCUAGCAUCUGCGUGGCUGGAGUACAGGAUAUGACUCUGACUCAGGCUUCAGGGACUUGUGGGAUGGGAGGGGCUUCCCUUCAUCCACCAGGAUUGUGGGAGGUUGGAGCCCAUAGUGUACUGUGAAGAGAGGCACUGUUUAGCAGCUGGCCUGUUCCCUGCAGGGCACAGUUUACAAUAAUGUUGAGUUCCAUCUGAUGCAGCUCAGGUCCUGGGCCAGUGAAGCAACAAGAGAAUAAGACCUAGGAAAUAGGCCCAGGGCUAGGAUCCUAUUCCUUUGUGGUCAACUGAAAGGGUGGGUGGGGAGAAUAGUCCUGAUUAAGUGCGAUAAAUUUUUAUAAAUAGACAUAUAUAUAUAUAAAUACAUACAUACAUAUAUAUAUAUAUUUCUAAGUGUAACUGCUCUCCCUCUGUGCCAGGAAACUGAGGGGAGGAGGCUGAUCUUCUGUGCCUCAUGUUGCUGCCUUGUAUGAAAAAGCUGUUAGUGCUCGGGGAAUCAGCUUCUCCCUAAUCUGUGUGCUCACUUGGGAGGAUGGCAGUAGGAGCCAGGGCUGGCCAUGGGUCCCCUACUCUUCCCCCUGGGGUAUGCCCUGGAGAAUGGCAAAAGAAAAUGAUUUAAAGAAAAAAAAUAUUUUAAAUUUGAUGUUGAUUUUUUUUCUUGAUUACAUUGAAUGCAUGUGUUCA